CUAGCUACAGCUUGGCACACAGUCAGAAGCAUGCGUCGCUUCUCGGAAUUGAUCGUAUGUCUAGUAACUUUAGUUGUGGCGGAGGAUCAGCUGCCGGAGAUUCGCGCCAUCGCCGGGGAAGACGCGGUGCUGCGCUGCUCGGCGAAGUCAGAGACCGGCGUCCAGUAUCGCUCGGUCAUAUGGUAUAAGGUUGAUGAAGCAGAGCCUUCCCAGCAGUUAACUGGCCUUGUGAGGAAACGGCUCACUGAAGAUGAUGGGAAAGUGGAGAAAUAUAACGGUGUCGAGCGAGAAGUGGUACUACUGGAGGACUCAAAGAAUCUUAUUCUGUCUAAUGUAACAGCAGAAGACAGUGGGAUAUACAGAUGCUUUCUGUCUGCUCCGCUUGGCUAUCAGAACCAGCGAGGCGAUAUCAUUCUGACAGUCUACAAACCUCAAACAGUCGAGCGAAUGGAGUUUAAUAAAAGUUCUCUGGUUUAUCUUGGGGAAAUUGCUGCUAUUGCAGGACUCUUUCUGGGCUUCUUGUUUUUUGGCAUAAGCUAUGUGUAUAUAAGGUCUUUUAACCAAAGAGGAAAGAAGCUCUCUUUGCUGAAAAUGCCAAGUCCAGGCAAGAAUUUGAUCACCAGCAAUCAUUUGAUUUGCAAGACUUUACCUGAAGUGUAUGUGUGAUGGAGGCAUACUUCUCAAAGCCGGAUUGGGCUUUUCAUCAAAAACCCUGAAUUAAACCCAGAGUUAACAGAGGAAGUUUAAAUCAAGUGUUGUGAAACCACUUAAGCUAAGUUUAAGUUUUUUCAACCGAAGCUUAAUCUGCAGUCUGGGUUUUUUUCAAAUCGUUUUGUGCAACAGACCUCAGAGCUGAUUGGAAAACAAAACGCAGACAGGAGCUCAAGAUGACCGUUGGCACAGGAAGUUGGUACAUGUCAUGUUGGCGGGAGAUAAAGAAGCAGGAUUCGGCAUUAUCAACAACAUCAUUUAAAAACUGCUUUAUACAUCAUGAAUACAAAGAGGAAAAUGAUGCAAACCGUCUAAAAACUGUGCAUGCGUCAUUGUAGUGGUGUGAAGAUCCUGAAAACUGAGACUGACUGAGCUAUAAACAGAACAUGUUUGGGUGAAGUGUUUGAUAAACAAUGUUACUGUUCUUACUGUUCAAAGGCACUGAUAUGAUUAAGUUGUUCUACAUAAAGAAUACAGUCUGAAAACAACUAAAUUAAAUCCUUUUAAAAUGACAUUAUUUUUUCAAUGUUGUCAGGCAUAAAAAAAGUACCUCCUAUGUAAAUCAUAUUGAUUUUGAGUUUGUAGAUUUAUUUAAAAAUGACUGUGUGUAAAAACAAAGAAAUAAAACAAUGCA